AUGAGUGAAAGUGAGGAAGACGGAAGCAGCAUCAGCAAGCAGAAAUCCAUUUUCAGUGGCAUGGGCAGGGUCAAGCAAAUUAAUCAUCUUCGUGAAAAAUGGAGCCCAAAGCAUAAGUCCUCUCUAGUUGAUAGAUGUUAUGUCGAUACACCUCCUCUAUAUUCGUCAAGUAAUCGUUCUAGUCGAGGAAAAUUGCCAGCUAGUGACAAUAAACGGCACGCACGUCGUCGGUCGCAGUUUGUUAGUGGAUCACCUAGGACACAGUGUGCUGUCAAUACCUUGGACAUGGAGCGAUACCUAGCAAUCAAUACCUGGCUUGAAGACAACGGCAUUGAUGUUGCCCAGUCGAAUAGAUCAAAAGGCUAUACGGAUCAAAUUAGCAAUGAUCACGAACUAUUUGACGACAUGUACUGUUCGCUAGAAGUGCUUGAACAUAAUUUACAAGCCGAACUUUCCGAUCUUGAUAUCAACGAUGACUGCAGAGGUGACUCUCUUACCAAUGAGCGACAGGAUCAAACUAAUGUCUGCACGUCUGGCCGGCCAGCUCUUUUUGAUUAUCUAGCUGUGAUUGGCCCUGAUAUGCUCGAUGUUAAAAUGCGCAACUUUUGGAAUCAUAGAGAAAACGUAUUUGAAGCAACAGUUGCAUUUGCGUACCCUACAACGAGUCAACUUCACGCUGAGAGUCUUGAACAUUUCUGUUUUCCAAAUGGCAUUGAGAGUACGAACGCGAAUGUAAAUGCAAGUCCAAAUCUCGAGGUAGGAGAUUUUUUUGUCUUAUUAAUCUCAGGCGGGGGGUUGCAAGGCCAGAGUGUUCAGUAUGCUAUGUGUAUGAAAGCAACGCUUAGUUUUCAGAGCGGCAGCGACGACGAAAGUUAUUGGAGGCUGCCAAUUUGCUAUUGUAUCAUUGCGCAAAUUCCAUUCAUUUUUUUCUUUCGAUCUGUUUUGAGAAACCUUUAUGAGCAUUUGCGAAAUGAUUUAAAACUUAGUGCAGGUAGCCUUCCAUUGAGCAGCAUCGUGACAGAUAAUCAUGCGGGCUUCAUUGACGACAUUUUGCAGCAUCUUCAGCUAGUCUCUCUUCCUGAAAAAGGAUCGUCAAUUUCUGUCGACGUAUUUCCAUCUCCAAGUUUGGUGCUGACACUGACAAGACCGCACAAUGAAUAUGAUCAAGAUGAAAAAGUCGCGCUGUUGUUACAGUGGGCGCUCUCGUCGUUGCUGUCACACUUGUCAAUUGACCGCGUCCUUUGGAUUUUGAGCCUGUUGCUGCUUGAGACAAAACUUAUUGUAGUAUCAGAUGACAUCCCGCUCCUAUCUUCUUCUACUUUGGGAUUUGCGUCUCUGUUGCACCCACUUGUAUGGGCUGGACCCUUGAUUAGCGUUCUACCACCGUCAAUGCAUGAGUUUAUGGAGGCACCUGUUCCAUUCAUUUGCGGUGUAACUGAGCUUCCUCGAGAAUUUAGUUGUAUGAAGGGCACAUGUAUUCUCUAUAUAACGGAAGAUCGUGUACAGCGCCACAUUGAAGAUGAACGUGCUGCAGACAGCCUUCGAAUGCCUGAAUCGGAAAAUCUUUCAAGUGAUCUCACAAGAUUUACUAAGCAAAUGCUGGGACCAAUUAGUGCAAGCACACCUCCAGACGUCGUGACGCCUUUGUCGGUGCACCUCGUGAUCAAUCGAGUCCGGAGACAUAUUGAGCAUCUAAUUAGCAUAAGUACUUCCACAGAAGAAGUUCAUCGAGCCCGGGCCAAAGGAAACUGCCUUGACAUUAGUGAAAUGAAGUUUAUUAAUGAGUUUAUUCGGACCCAAAUGUGCCAGAAGUAUCACGACGACCAGUUUGUUCCACCCUUUGUCAAGAACAGUAGCCAGCAGCAUCCAGUUCUCCAGACUAUAAGCGAUGAAACUCUCACAACAAAAUUUUCAGUCAGCACUCAUAAGAAUGGUUUGAAGUCAGCAUCCAUUGAAUUGUUUCAGAUCGCAAUGGGAGGCGUAAGUACACUACCACGAAGCAGCUCACAGUCAGCAGAAAAUUCUUAUAUCAUAGACAGCAAAGUUGCGAUUCCGAAUCUUGUCGAUCCAUUACAGCUUUCCACUUUAACAGAUUCUUGA